GCCAUCCCAUUCCCCGUCCCCACUCCCCACACAACCGAAACCAACUCUCGCAGCAUUUGAAAUCAUUGUGGUUGUGGUCAGAAAUGGGUUUGGGCAUGGCUAUCAGACGUGCAACGUUCGUCUUUGUCGCGGUCGUGGUCGUAGCGCUUCUUGUGCAAGUCGCAUCGGUCGGAGCAGUUGAUGACCAGACGGGUCAACCCGAUGUGGCAAACCCGACACCAUCGACCUUGGCACCAUCCUCGGCAUCGUCCUCGCCCGCAUCAGUCAAUGCCAUGGCCAGUCGAUCGUCGUCAACCACACCCGUCGCCCAGUCAUACCAUCCAACAACGCUCCGCAUGCACAUGCACUCGGCGCCCAACUCUCAAUUCACUCUCGUCGGCAUCGCCAUGGCAGACUACUACAACGCGUACAUGAACGGAUCGUCGUCGAUCUCCGUCCUCCGCUUUCCCUUCACCAAACUACUGGAUCGGUCCAACUUUGCUAGUUGGCUCACAACGCUGGGCGCGCCCGAUGUGCUGCCGCACUUUCAAGGCCCGCGGCCGAACGACUUCUUUGACGACGGCCUCCUAGAGGACUUGACCGACAUCUGGGACGAGUACGGCCUCCAUGAUGACGUCUUGCCGCUAGGCAUUGAGGCGUCCACCGGAUCGGAUGGCAAGAGGUACCAGGUCCCCAUGAUAGCGGCCGGCUACAUGUGCAUGUACCGCGCCUCCAUCUUCGACACCUUUGACAUCUCCCCGCCGGUGACAUGGAUCGAGCUUCUUGCAGUCUGUGCCAAGUUCAAGGCGGUCGGCAUUCCGUGCUUCGGCACCGAUCUCGACGGCGUGCCCCCCACUCAAUACUUUGACUCGCUCGCCAUCCGCAUGCACGGCAACGAGUUCUACGCCGCCCUCUUUGACGCCCAGAUCCCGUUUGACGAUCCGCGCAUCCUGGCCGUCUUUGACGAGCUCGCCCCGCUGCUUGAUCUUGGCUACUUUGGCCUCGAGCCAUCGUCGAUCCCCGGCGUCAGUCAUCAGGUCGUUGGCAUUCCCGCCCUUGCCCGUGGUGAAGUUGCCAUUGUCUGCGGCAUCGAGUCGGUCUCGGCCUAUGUCGGUCUCUUUGGUGUGCCUGACGACGACAUUGCUGUGUUUCCCUUUCCUUCGUUUGAUGCCUCCCAUCCGGCCGCAACCGCCGGGCCCAAGAGCGAUACCUCGGCAGCACUUGGUGUCCUCGGCAUUAUGGGCGUGCCAUGUAAUGCUGCGUUCAUUGACACUGCCAAAGACUUUGCCCGGCUCAUGGCCGACAAGUCGGCCAUGGCCACUAUCCUCGCCAACCGCCCUGGCAUCGUCCCACUGCGGUCCUCGCUCGCGUCUCUUCUCACUACCAACCGCUCACGGCAGGUCUACGAGACCCUGGCAUCGGCCCCAGUCGUCCUCCGCAGCACCGGUAUCGCUGGCUUUGGCGAGCCUGCUAUCUUCAUGGAGUGGGCCAACCUCGUCUUUAGCUUUUAUGCCGGUAACAACGCCGCCGAGUCUCGUGCAGUCCUCGACACUACCCUCGUUGUUCUCGAGUCGCUGCGCCUGAGACUCGUCCUCGGUCAAGCCGCACAGCCCGAGUUCUCGCCCCGAUCGGGUGCUUUUGCUUCAGCUGUCACGCUCACGCUCUCCUCGCCCGAGGAAGGUGCCGUCAUCUACUUUACCCUCGACGGCUCGGAGCCGUCGUUCACUUCGUCCGUCUAUCUUCGGCCCAUCCGCAUCGCCACCUCGGGCACCGUCACCGUCCGCGCUACUGCCGCCGUCCAGGGCCUCUCGCUCGCUACCCCGGCUUCUGCCACCUACGUCGUCAACAUCCCGCCGGCCACAGACUCGGGCUCAGUCCGCCUCUCGCUCCUCCUUGCCAUCGUCAUCCCGGUCACUCUCGCUUGCUGCGGCAUCUGCGCCGCUGUCGGCUACGUCAUCUACCGUCGUAAGUCGGUCACCUACACCCUCGUCUCGGACGCCGAGCUCGUCAUCCCGCCCGAGAACCUCCGCGUCCUCCACGUCGUCGGCCGCGGCUCGUACGGCACCGUCUACGCCGGGACAUGGCGCGCCACGAGCGUGGCCAUCAAGCGCAUGCAUGCCAAGGUGCUCGGCCCACGCGAGCUCUCCGAGUUUGUGGACGAGGCCCACACGCUGCACCUCCUCCGCCACCCGAACAUUGUCAUCUUUAUGGGCGUCACGCUCGAGCCGCCGGCCAUUGUGACCGAGUUUAUGGAUCGCGGCUCGAUGUACGAGGUCCUCCACACGGCCGAGUUGUUCCUCGACCCGUCGAUGGUCUUCAAGUGGGCGCACAACAUCGCACAGGGACUGCAGUACCUCUCGCAUGCCGGGAUUGUACACGGCGACUUCAAGUCGCUCAACGUGCUCUUUGACUCGUCGUGGGUGCCCAAGAUCUGCGACUUUGGCCUAUCGUCGGUCAAGAAGGACGGCAGUCUCGCCGACGCUCCGCUGGUGACCAAAACCCCGCGAGGCGCAGCAAUCGCAGCAGCUGCUUCAGAUUCGUUCUCUACUCUCGCAGCUGGGUCGGCAUUGUCGAUCGGCUCGGUCCGGCUCGGCUCGGUGCCGUUUUCAUCUCACGCACUCUCCGAUGGCAGCGAGGAGCAGCUGCAGCUUGCGGCCAACGUGGGGACAGUGUUUUGGGCUGCGCCCGAGGUGCUUGUUAAGGGCAAGGAAGCGCUGACGACCGAGUCAGAUGCGUAUGCGCUCGGGAUCACCUUGUGGGAGCUGGCGACACGACAGGACCUCUUCCCGCGCGAGAACGUGCUUGCUGUUGCCCUCGAGGUGGUCCACGGGCGGCGGCCUCCUGUCGAAGCUGUCCCCGCCUCGUGCGCCGGCAUUUUGCCCGUCAUGAAGGCACUGUGGAAUGGCGAUGCCGCCAACAGGAUGCGGCUCGACGAGGCUGUCGAAGCGCUUGGUGGGCUGUACUCUCCGGAGCAGGUCAUCUACCCCUCAUCGCGGUCGGCGCCGUCCGGAAACAUCAUUGUCUUGCACUGCGUCAUCCGCCAUGUUCGCGACAGGCUGUUGACUGACAUCGACAACGCCGUGACUCAGCUCAGGGUGUUCCACGACGCAAUGCCGCAGCUUGCAAAAGCGUCGUCCAUCACUAUUCUUCAGUGGGGCCUCGGCUGGGUCACCUUUGGCGUCCACCGCCCGAGUCAACUCCUCAACUUUCACUUCCUCAUCGCUGACAAAGUCGGGCCCGUCACCAUGCUUGCUGCCGAGGGCACCAUUGUGGCCUCCAAGGACUCGUUCGGUCAUGAGGCUCUGGGGGGGCCAGUCAUGGCCACCAUUGCCACCCGCUGGGCUUCCAUGUUUGGCACUUGUGGCUCGGGCUUUGAUGCCCUCAAGCCCCAGACCAGCACCACGACACAAAGCUCGGCCUCGCCGCUGCUCUCGGACGCUUGGCAGCACGCGGUGCCCGGUGGGAUGUUUGUGGCCACAGAGGGCCUCGCUACUCAGAUCCGCGAACUUGGCCAAACCAAAGUGGCCAAGAUCCCGUGGCUCGUCGAGGGUGAACCAGUCUUCCAAGUCGUUGACUCUACCGGUGUCGCUGUCGCCGACGCUGCCAAGCCGCUCACUGCACGCGAUCGGUCGAACGGUCCACAUGCUGUCGCUCCGUCCGGCACGACUGCGGUCGGCCACAACGGUGAGCUGGUCAUCUCCGCCCCCGACCGUCGCAGCCCACGGUCGUCGGCUGCCCUGGACGACCUUCUCGUCGGCUCAACCGAGUUUCACGACUCGGCCAUCGCCAUGUCCCUCAAUCUGGGUUCGUUGAGCAACACCGCGAGUCGGACAAGUCUGCCACAUCCCGACGCCACCAAAAUCACGCCGGGUCCGGGCUCAUUGUCGACGUCAUCAUCGUCGUCAAGCUCUGUGCCGUCGGAGGGCGAGAACAGGACAAACGGUUCGCCGACCACAAUCGGUGCCCCUGGCAGUUCCAGCUUGGCCUCGUCGUCGUCGGAUAAUUCAUCGUCGUCGGUGGCGGUGUCGUCAGCGUCGACAUCGUCGUCAUUGUCCGACGAGGAGCAGCUCGAGGCUCAGGAGUCGCUUGAGCUCUCCAAGUGGCACCUGCCACGGUGGGCAAUUGUGGCCAUGAUGGAGAACUGUGGCGGCGCAUGGCUCGGCUCGAUGGCCAUGGCCUAUGAGGCCGUGCUCUCAGGCCAGCCAGUAGUGGUCAAGGUCCUUCUCCGGCAGAAGAUGUCGCCUGACGACCUGGUGAGCUUUGCCGAGGCCGCCGCCCGUGCUACGCUCGCGUCAACGGUCGGCGUCGUCGGACCCAUCGCGGUUUGCCUCGACGCGCCGCUGCUCGCAGUCGUCAAUCCGCGCUACGACACCGGCUCACUCCACGACGCCAUGACCGGAGCCUCGCCGCUGGUUCUCGAUCGGCGAGGCGCACAUGCAGUGGCAACGUCGAUGACUGCCGCGCUGACCAAGCUACACGCCGAGACAGAGCGUGCCCACGGAGCGCUGCGGCCGUCCAACAUCUUCCUCGUCGGCUCCAACUCCACCAUCAUCUCGGCACACGUCACCGACUACGGGUUCACCACCGUCAAGACCACCCUCGGGACUCAGACCAUGGUCCCAACUGUGGCGUACAUGUCGCCGGAUGAGCUCCGUGGAAACCUCGACUCGAUGCCUGGCGACGUUUUUGUCGUCGGCACGCUCCUCUACGAGAUGCUCACCGGGCAAGUCGCCUUCUCGGGGCGCAACGCCAUUGAGGUCUCGCAGGCCAUGGUUUCGGACGCCCGGCCGUCGCUCACGGACGCCGAGAUUGUCUCCCCCAUCCUACGCCGCAUCAUCGAUGAGUGCUGGGCCUCCAAGCCUGCAUCACGGCCCACCAUGAGUGAGCUGAGCAAGCAGCUCGCGGCACUCAAGGUCGACGACUUUGUCCAGACCGGCGCCGCAGCUCGCAACGCCAACGAGACCGCAGCUCGCAUCGAGGCUACCCGCAAGAAAAAGCGCGGCGUCAACUCACUCUCGCAGAUGCGCCGUGGCAUCCAGAGCGAUCCUAGAGCCAUGUCCUCGUAA